AUGAAGCUUGUCAUUGCAAAGAGGGCUGGUGGCAGCGCAUCAAGCAGCACGUCGUCGCGCUACCCGCUCACCAUCGAGGUGGGCGACAACGCCACGGUCGACGAUGUGAAGAAGGCCGUGCACAAGCAGGUCAAGUCGAUGUAUCCAGACCGCCAGCGGCUGACCGUCGGCGACAAGAAGACGGUUCUUGCCAACGGCGACUCACUGGCCAAGUACGAGCUGAAGGACAACGACACAAUCCACAUCAAGGACCUGGGUCCGCAGGUGGGCUGGACAACGGUGUUCUUGGUCGAGUACUUUGGGCCACUGCUGUUCCAUUUCCUUGUCUACAACAUGCAGACGCUUGUCUAUGGCAAGACAUUCGAGUACAGCGACAUUCAGCGCCGCGCGUACUACAUGGCCAUGGGGCACUUCCUCAAGCGCGAGCUGGAGACGAUCUUUGUGCACCGGUUCUCGAACGGCACGAUGCCGAUCAUCAACAUCUUCAAGAACUCGUUCCACUACCACAUUCUGUCGGGCGUCAACCUGGCGUACUGGGUGUACAGCCCCAGCCUGGGCAAGGGCACGGAGCUGGGCACCAAGCUGAGCAACCCGACGCUGCUGGCGAUCUGGACGGCGAUCUUUGUGUUUGCCGAGCUGUCGAACCUGAGCACGCACAUCACGCUGCGCAACCUGCGGCCGGCGGGCACGCGCACGCGGCGGAUUCCGUAUGGGUAUGGAUUUGACCUUGUUAGCUGCCCGAACUACCUGUUUGAGAGCCUGGCGUGGACGGCGUUUGCGUGCAUGACGCGCAGCAUCGCCGCAUUCCUGUUUUUGGCGGUGUCAACGGGACAGAUGUACGUGUGGGCGGUCAAGAAGCACAAGGCUUACAGGCGCGAGUUCCCAGACUACCCCAAGUCACGCAAGGCCAUGUUCCCGUUCGUUGCCUAA